UGUGGUGGUGGUGGUGGAGGGGAUGGGGAACCAGGUGGGAGGGAGGAGGAGGCGGCGGCCGGCGGUGGAGGAGAGGUACACGCGGCCGCAGGGGCUGUACCCGCACCCGGACAUCGACCUCAAGAAGCUGCGCCGGCUCAUCCUCGAGGCCAAGCUGGCCCCCUGCUACCCUGGCUCCGACGACCACCGCGCCGACCUCGAGGAGUGCCCCAUCUGCUUCCUGUUCUAUCCCAGCCUCAACCGGUCCAAGUGCUGCGCUAAAGGAAUUUGCACGGAGUGUUUCCUCCAGAUGAGGACGCCUACCUCUUGCCGGCCGACGCAGUGCCCUUACUGCAAAAUGUCGAGUUAUGCGGUUGAGUACCGCGGCGUCAAGACGAAGGAGGAAAAGGGCAAUGAGCAGAUUGAGGAGCAGAGGGUGAUUGAGGCGCAGAUCAGGAUGCGGCAGCAGGAGCUCCAGGAUGAUGCUGAGCGGAUGAAGAAGAAGCAGACUGAUGCUUUGACCAAUGCAGUAACAACUGUACAAGUUGAACAUUGUGAUACUGGUGGCGCAUCCACCAUAGUUGAAAGCAGUGGGCCGGACAAUGAUAUGCUCUCAUCUCAAGUGCAUCAUGCAGAGUUGCUGUUGAAGACUUCUGAACGCUUAAAGCAGCUGCGGAAUAAUAAUCUCGACAUGGAUCUUGAAGAAGUUAUGCUUGUCGAAGCACUUUGGCUUUCUAUGCAGGAUCAGGAUGCCUUGGAAAAUCCAACCUGUGCUAACGCUGUCUCGCCAAUACUUCCUCCAAGAAGCUUUGAUGGGUCCAUUACGAUUCCAGCUGAAGCAGCUUCUUCCAGUAAUGGAUUUGCUUGUGCAGUCGCAGCGUUAGCCGAGCAACAGCAAAUGUAUGGAGAAACUUCUAGCACUGCUACUUGCCACUCGUCGAGAUGUGAUAUUCUCAGCAGGUCAGACAGAUCGUUUACGGAGGAUCUGACCGUAAACGGGAGUGGUUCCUCAGGCACUAGGUCUGAAGAACCAUCGAGCACCAGAGCACGCCAAGCAAGAGACGGUGCAGAGUAUUCUAAUGAGCGGUGGUCAGAGUUGGCCGAGGCCAGUAGCAGCUUUAACGGUUCUGAUCUUACAAUAGAGGCUGGAGCUGCCAAUUCAGGUGGAUCGGACAUUGGUUCAGGCGGUAUUCCUGAUACUUUUGAAGAACAGAUGAUGCUGGCCAUGGCUCUUUCAUUGGCUGAUUCUAGGGCCAAGGCUAGUUCUCCAGGGUUAACUUGGCGGUAGCAUUUGGCAGUGGUUUACUCCUUUUAUUAUUGUUAUUUUUUGUUUCAGCUGGGUAGUAUUGUUCCUAGAAUUCCUUUUGUCACAUACAAAACAUAGGACUAAAGGCAAAACAGAUAAGGGAAAAAAAAAAGCUAGGCUUGGAGGUUGUGAAUAUAGUGGGAUAAAAAUGCACAUUUGCAGUCUUCUUUGCCCUUUGUUCAUUAUCUUCUUUCUUUCUUCAGAAAGAUUGAUUCCUUGAUGAUGUUGCAGACAUGGUGUAAAUACAAAAUAUGAAAAAGAUUCUAUCUUCUUGUUCUGGUGAUCUUCCUGAACCACACUGUAUACAUCUAUGAUCUACUGAGUUGUCCGUUCCUAGAAUGAAAUCAAGCAAACAGCUUUAUUCA